AUGUACGGGAGUUUCACAUACCUUACGGUAGUUUUUACCGCCUUUUUAACAUUAGUAUGCGGAAGUUCUCUUCAACUCCAACAGCUUCUUCUUCAAUCGUCAGACUAUGAACACAACAUCAUACCGAUUGUCCAGUCCGACUUGUCGUCUCUUUCGGGGCCCAGGGACUACUUUACGUUGAUGUUGCUUACUUCCUCUGAUUCUAAACAUCAAUGCGAUGUAUGCGUGGAAGUCCAGAAGAUCAUUUCUCGUGUAGCUGACUCGUGGUUCGCUGAAUAUAGAACCAAUUCCAAUUUGGUAUUUAUCAAUGUUGACAUUAUCGACAGAGAAAACAUUAAAAUCUUCGACGCUUUGCAAAUAACAAACAUUCCCCAUAUUUGGUUGUUCCCACCAAACAUCUACAAGGAACAUUCCACUGAAAAGGGGUUGGACUUCUCGUUGCUCGAAGAUCCUCACUAUAUCUAUAAAGUCCCUGAGGCUCCUUUUGAAGAACAGGUAAGGGAGUUCGCUAGAUUUUUAAGCGAAAACUUGAACAAGAGCGUGGCUAUUAAACAGAAAAGUCCCUUAAAUACGUUUGCCACGACAUUCAUAGCUACGUUGGUGAUAAUCACCCUCGUCAAGAGGAAGGGUCCUAAAGUAAUCACCCAGCUUCCAAAGAAACAUGUAGUUACAAUGCUCUCUGUGGCUAUGAUCUUGUUGUUUGUUUGUGGGUAUCAAUUUAGCGUCCUGAAAGGAGUUCCAUUCGUGGCCCGUAACGAAAAAGGUCUUAUCUUCAUCAGCGGUGGAACACACUAUCAGUUUGGUAUAGAAGUAGUAUUUGUCGCUGUCAACUAUUUGGCUCUAGGCUUUGCCUUUUUGGUGUUGAUGUACAUUGGCUCGUACAAUGUCAAUUCUAAGAGCAUAAUACGCCUGGACGACGUAAAACAUGUCUUGAUCAUAGUCAUGAAUGUCAUAAUCUACUAUCUUUACAGCUGUUUAACCAGUAUAGUGAUUAGAAAAGAUCAUGACUAUCCAUACAGUCUCACCAAGCUAUUCUAA